GUCACUUGUAUACGCCCUUCCCAGCCUCCUCGAUUAUCACCACCAUCAUCGCCAUUGCCAUCCACCCUACCGCUGCGCAAUUCGAGGUUUUCGGAGGAUUCGUUCAGCUACGAGCCCUUUCUCCCUCUCCCUCUCCCCUUCCAUCUCUUGCCCUUCCCCAUCUUCACCCCCUCCCAUCUUCCACUUGCCUCUUUUCGGCAUACUGCAACCCAUCUAUCUCAAUCCACAAGACCGAUUCGUUACUUUUUCUGCAUUCUGACUGCCCUUAGAUCUGUCAGGGUUCAUCGUGGGACAAGGGCGUCGUCCAUUCUUUCGAUCUCCUGCAUUGACACAUUCCCACUUCUCCGUCGCCCACCAGAUCCGUCACAUUCCAUUCCAACCAUAUCGGCACUCUUCCUUACCAAGCACGCGCUCCGCCCUGCGACCCCAUCGGCAGUCGAUUCGGGUCCCUGUCCUCUGCCACAACAUCAAUACCGCUCGUCAUCGGGUGGUGUCCGACAGAGUGAGCCGCACCGGACACUUAGUACUCCUUCUCGGAGUCCCGAGAAGUGAGUUGGACUGGACAGAAAGAGGAAUACACAGAACAUAUUGCCCUAGAUGCCGGGAAUAACAGCGAAGCUACCCCGGGUUCUGCAACUGGUCGGGUACCACCAUGUGUUGAUGAUAAUCAUCGCGGUGGCGAUCAUCCUACUAUCGUUACUAUUAGCAGGAUGUUCAUCGUCCUCCCCGCAGAUCCCCGACAUCUUCCUAAUCUCUAUGUACUAUGAGCGCUACAAACCAACGUUCAAUCUCGCCCAGGUAGAUCCGGGGGUGGUGACAGCAACAGCAAAUAUCGUGGGAGGAGCCGAGAUGGAAGUCCGCGUGGGUUAUUUCGGCAUCUGCGUGCAGCCAGACGCCGGAUCCUACAUCUGCAAUUCGAAUGCGACAGCUUUAGCGGAGAUUGUCACAGUUGACCAAGAUCCGUUGAACCUGAUCUGGGUAGCAUCAACGUUCAAGGAUGCAGUCGUCUUCCCAUAUCUUCUAAUCCUUGCCGUCAUCCUCGCUUUCUUCUGCUUCGUCAUUCUCGCCACCUUCCCUGGAUGGCACGACGAGCUGGACCCCAGCGGUUCCGAAAUCGAAGCCAGACCGAUCCCAUCGCGGCCUGUAUCCCAAGCAGCAUUAGCCUUGACUUUUGUGGCCUCGGUCUUCGUUCUUGUCUCAGUAUUAUGGCAGCACACCGCAUCCGUAGCCGCCAGCACAAUAGUUCAGGACCUGGGCAACGGAAGUGUCAAGAGUGGUGUGGGUACGUCUGCCAUGGUUCUCGGCUGGUUUGGAUUCGGACUUCUGGUGGUCGUGACGAUAGGACUGCUAGUGAUGAUUCUGAGCGUCAAACUGAUCCAGCAGUUGACCGACUAGCAUAAUCCUUUGCAUUGUUUUCCUUCUUGCUUUUUUACCCUGUUAUAUGCGCUUGGAUUGGUUUUGGUUUCUUUCCCCCGGACAUAUUACACCCCAGUUCCACUCCCCCGACGACACGACACGAAUACGCACGACCAAGACAGCAAAACGAAUAAUCACGACCCACACCCACACCCACCACCCAAACUCGAAACGAAUGAUUUUUGUUAUGGACAUUUUCACGGCACAUGGAUUACGGAUAUGGAUUACUAUGGACUACAAUGGAUAUGGAAAUACGGGAAUCAUGAAGAAAUGCAUAAUGAGCACCAUUGUCAUCACCAUCACCAUGAUAACAUAUUUGAGACCCUCUGUUUUUAAAGUGUCUCACCCCGGCUGAACAAAGAUUAUAUUUAUCACUAUAUGUUGAAAGCCAAAUGAUUGAUUGAUUGAUUGAUUGGUUCACUACCGCUUAUUUCCCCGUUACUUUAUCUCCUUUUUAUCUCUUUCUCUUUAUUG